CCAAGUGAUCUUCUACCUCACGGAACCAAUGAUUACCUAAAGUACCUUUCGGUCAGUUCGUUUACACUUUGUGGCUAUCCAUAUAAUCAGCUUCGAUCAGAGUGAUGUUCAGACUUUGAUGUGCUACCUCGGAGUAGGGGACACGUUCACUCCUUUCCACAAGGAUCUUUGUGCAUCUUCUGGCCAAAAUCUUAUGUGUUAUACUGAGAAUGGUGGUUCAUCUUUCUGGUUCAUGACAGAGAGUUCAGCUGCACCAGCCAUGGCUGCAUUUUUCCAGAAGAUGAACGAAGAAUUAGACUUUGAGACACAUGUCGUGACCACGAAAGAGUUGGAGCAGUCGAGACUAAAAAUCUACAUUGCGGAACAAACCCUUGGCGACUUAGUACUCGUUCCCCCAAGAAGCUGUCACCAAGUCAUCAACAAUGGUGGCAUCACGAUGAAAACAUCCUGGUCGCGUAUGACUCUCAAAGGGUUGUCGAAUGCUCUUUAUCAUGAACUUCCUGUAUAUCAUCGUGUAUGCCGACCGGAAACAUACAAGGUCAAAUUGAAUAUAUAUCGCGCCCUUCACCGCCAGACACAGAUGCUUCGUGAACUUCAGCAGCAGACAAGUUCUCCUCACCCCAAUCGAUCAUCGCUCACUGUAGACUUGGACCCUGAGCGAGUUGCUGAUGAUCUCCAUCACUUACUUGAGUUGCUUGAUGAUGUCCUCGGGGAAGAAUAUUCACCGAAGCAUCAAGAUAUGCUGCAUGUUUCGCAAUCCGAUACCUGCCAUCAAAAUGACAUCUGCUGCGACUUCUGCGGCGCGGAUAUCUUCCAGAGUUUCUUUGAGUGCAUAUCCUGUGCUCUUCAUCUAUCUGGAACUGAUGACGAGAUGAAGAUCGGAGAUGGUAUCGUGGUUUGUCCUCUUUGUUACGUCGAGGGUCGUGGUUGUAAUUGCGGGAUCAUGAAUCCCACUCAAUGUCGGCCUUUUGGCGAUCUGCUAAGAGCCCGCGAUGAAGCCCUACAUGCUAUUCGAGAAGUAUGUCCUGACAUCGUGAAAGACCACGAAUGUUUACUAGGGAAUUUAAAUUCUAUCAUAUCAGCACGUCAUGUCGGCGUCUUCAUAGCUGCAUGCGUCUUGUAUGAACGACGACGGAUGUUCUCUGACAUUGAAGAGCCGCUGCGCAUGUGCUUGUCAAAGCAUGAAGAUUCUCAUAGUGCGAUAAUCUACUGCUCACUCUGUCAUGUCGGACGGUGCACGACUCAUAUAUUGGAGGGCUACCAUACGCAUGCUGCACUGGCGUUCUUGAUGUCAAAUGAUAUCAAAGUGUGGCAUAGCUACCACAAGGAAUCCAAGGCAGCGUUUAGGGAAGGGUAUGCACGCAUCCAACACGACGAAGAGACUGGUGCACGUCCGGAUUUUCACUUGAAGUUGGCAUACGUCGCAUCCAAAUUUCGUACAUGCAAGUCUGUCAACCCGAACGCGACGAUACCGGGGUGGUACGAUAAAUGCAUAGAGCUAACUAGCACGUCUGUGAGAGGUCUGCAAGCUCCAAUGAAUUGGCAUCGCUUCCAAGCGAUUUUCAAGGUAGUUCAACGAGCUACCAUGCGGCUGGUACUUUCGGCGUUCAUAAAUCAUUUCCCACAACUCGGAAACGUCCAAGCGUACCACUUGCAAAUGGCAAGAAGCGAAGGUUUGUUAUGGACUUUGUAUCUGUUCCCCCCCUUCCAUAUGAUAGGCCUUCAUCCAGCAUGUUCGACGAUACCACGACUCAUAUAGGAUCUUUGCCAGAUGAAGAUGGUACAUCUCCAGGAGUUGACGCUUAUUCUCGAGCCCAAACGCGGGAUGUCGAUGAGGAGUAUGAGCAGCUCAAUGCC